CCAGAUAACAGUGAUCACCCCUUGUUUCGAGCUGCCGCAGCCCGGGGUGUGUGGUAAGUACAUCCAUGGGCGGUCUUGACGCUGCCCCUCAUGUCCCUGGCGGAGAUCCGGGCUGUCAUUGAUGCAUGGGCAGAGCUGGCGACUGAGCUGGGUGCUUCCUACCCCUGGGUGCAGAUCUUCGAGAACAAAGGAGCGAUGAUGGGCUGCUCCAACCCGCACCCCCACUGCCAGGUGAGGCUGUCCCACCUGUGACCUGGGUAAACUGUGAGUCCCUGUGGGUGACCCUACGGCAAACACCGGGGGAGGAUGUGAACACUCUGUGUCUUGCAGGAACGGCUGGUGGUGGAGAACGCAGACUGGCUGGUUGUGGUGCCAUACUGGGCCACAUGGCCCUACCAGACCCUGUUGCUGCCCCGUCGCCAUGUGUGCCGCCUCCAGGAUCUCAAAGACGGCGAGAGAGACAGUGAGCCUGGCCGCCUGGCCUCCAUCAUGAAGAGGCUGCUCAUCAAGUAUGACAACCUCUUUGAAGUCUCUUUCCCCUACUCCAUGGGCUGGCAUGGAGCCCCCACGGGCACCUACCUGAAGGAGGACUGCAGGCACUGGCAGCUCCAUGCCCACUACUACCCACCCCUGCUCCGCUCUGCCACUGUCCGCAAGUUCAUGGUGGGGUAUGAGAUGCUGGCGCAGGUGCAGAGGGACCUCACCCCGGAGCAGGCAGCUGAGCGCCUGAGGAGCCUCCCCGAGGUGCACUACAAGCACAGAGCCAAGGAGACGUCAUGA